UGCCCCGCCUUCUCGCUCUUAAAACCCUAAAAAUUCCAAUUCCUUAAAACAGGAGGGGGGCGGUGGUGCAACGGACUGCAAUGCUACAUUUUUCAAGCUUCAAGCUCCUCUUCCCUCUCCCCAAAGCUUCCUUCUUUGGUUCCACUUUUGCUAGGUCCUUCUUCUCCAAUCCCAAACCGCCGCUCCUGAAGAAGUCACAUCUCCCUCUCCCUGUCCUCUCCAGUUCGGAUUCCAGGGGUAGAAGUAACUCUGGUGGCGGCAUUAGGAGAAGGACUUCCGGUAGAGGACGUGGCCAAGGCAGCGGCGGAGUUCUCAACCAGAGGCGGUGGGCGAGCACGCUAAGCGAACAGAGAAACCAGGGGAAAAGGCCGGAGAUGGAGGAGAAGAAAGAAACGUUAGAGUUUAACAAGAGGCGUGCGGAGGGGAGGGACAAGAUCGAUAAACCAAAGAACCUUCAACUGAAGGUCCGGAAGUUGAAUCCUAUUAACACAAUUUGCUACGUUCAGAUCUUGGGAACUGGCAUGGACACACAAGAUACUUCGCCAUCAGUCUUGUUGUUCUUUGACAAACAAAGGUUCAUCUUCAAUGCUGGGGAGGGAUUGCAGAGGUUCUGUACGGAGCACAAGAUAAAGUUAUCAAAGAUUGAUCAUAUUUUUUUCACACGUGUCUGCUCGGAAACUGCAGGAGGACUUCCAGGUCUUCUGCUCACUUUAGCUGGCAUAGGAGAAGAAGGAAUGUCAGUCAACAUAUGGGGAUCUUCUGAUCUUAAUUACUUAGUUGAUGCAAUGCGUUCAUUCAUACCAAAUGCUGCUGUGGUUCAUGCACAUAGCUUCGGGGAAAAAUUAAAAGAGGAAACUAAGGUGACAAGCUCUGAGUUUGACAAAUUUCGAGAUCCGAUUACCAUAAUCGAUGAUGAGGUUGUGCGCAUAUCUGCGAUUACUCUGAAUCCAAGCUAUUCUAAUGGAUCAAAACUGAAGCCAGGUGACAUCUCUGUGAUUUAUGUUUGUGAACUGCCUGAAAUUAAAGGCAAAUUUGAUCCUGUAAAAGCUUCAGCACUUGGACUACGACCUGGACCAAAAUAUCGUGAACUGCAGCUUGGGAAUUCAGUCAUGUCAGAUCAGCUCGACUUUAUGGUUCAUCCUAGUGAUGUUCUUGGCCCAUCAACCCCUGGUCCGAUCAUACUUCUUGUUGACUGCCCCACAACUUCUCAUCUUCGUGAAGUACUUUCUGCAGACUCUCUUAAUUGUUACUACUGUGAUCUUGACCAGCAGUCAACUGCAAAUAACAAAAUUGUGAAUUGUGUAAUUCACCUGGGUCCAGCUUCUGUGACAAAAAGUGCCGAUUAUCAACAGUGGAUGACAAGAUUUGGUAAUGCACAACACGUCAUGGCUGGGCAUGAGAUGAGCAAUAUGGAAAUUCCUAUCUUGAAAUCUAGUUCACGAAUUUCAUCACAGCUUAACUACUUGUGCCCUCAGUUCUUUCCAGCUCCCGGAUGUUGGUCUAGUCGUCAGACUGAUGACCUUUGUUUACAGUCUAGUGGGCAUUGUCAGGAUUUUUCUUCAACUCCUUGUAGAAGCAUUCUGGCUGAGAAUUUGCUUAAGUUCCAUUUGCGUCCAUACUCACAACUGGGAUUGGACAGAUCUGCAAUCCCAGCCGCGUCCAGUCAUGAAGAAUUUAUUGCUCAACUUCUUGCAGAAGCUCCUGAAGUAGUGGAUAUUUCUAAGAAUAUUAGCCAGUUUUGGGCAAGGCCUGCAAAAAUUAAAGUUCUUAAUGCUCCGAAGGAUAGUGAUUGUAUUAUGGUGGAAGAGCCAUGGUUGAAUGAAAGUUCUUCAAUUAACAAUGUUCACAUGGAAAGGCAAGGGAGAGAUCCAUCUGAGGGGAAUAUUCUUGACUUGAAUGACAGAUGUAAGAAUGAUACUAAAAAUGAACAUGAUAUCCCACCUUGCUUGGAAAAUAUACACAGGGAAGACAUGGAAAUAGUUCUCCUGGGUACUGGUUCAUCACAACCAUCUAAGUACCGGAAUGUCAGUUCUAUUUUUGUUAAUCUUUUCUCAAAAGGAAGUUUGCUUCUUGAUUGUGGUGAAGGAACUCUUGCACAACUCAAAAGAAGGUUUGGCAUAAAAGGUGCUGAUGAUGCUAUAAAAGGUUUGAAAUGCAUAUGGAUUUCCCAUAUCCAUGCUGAUCAUCAUACUGGUUUGGCUAGAAUACUAGCACUCAGGGGUCAACUAUUAAAGGAUGUAGCCCACAAGCCUAUGCUUGUGAUUGGGCCAAGACCAUUGAAGAGAUUUCUUGAUGCAUAUUCUAGACUUGAAGAUCUUGAUAUGCAAUUCUUAGAUUGCAGACACACUUUGGAGUCUUCAAUGAAUAUCUUUGAGACUUCUCUUGGUUCUAGUGAGGGUCACUCUCCUGAAAAUUUAGAUAAAGACAGAGUGAGUUCAGCAGCAGAGAGUGUAGCAUUACAUCACUUUGGAUCUAGUUUAUUUGCUCCAAAUAGUAAAAUGCAGAGCUAUUGGAAGAGACCUGGUGGUCCUCUUGACACUGCUGCUGCUCUGCCAAUUUUAAUGGGACUGAAGGAACUUCUCUCUGAAGCAGGUCUGGAAGCCUUAUACAGCGUGCCUGUUGUACACUGUCCACAGGCAUUCGGUGUGGUGUUGAAGGCUGCAGAGAGGCUUAAUAUUAUGGGAAAAACUAUUCCAGGAUGGAAGCUAGUAUAUUCAGGUGAUACUAGACCAUGUCAGGCACUGGUAGAUGCUUCACGUGAUGCAACACUACUGAUACAUGAGGCCACAUUUGAGGAUAGCAUGGAAGAUGAAGCGAUUGCGAGGAACCAUAGCACAACGAAGGAAGCUGUUGGAGUGGGCACAUCAGCGGAUGCAUACCGUGUUAUCCUAACCCAUUUUAGCCAGAGAUAUCCAAAAAUCCCAGUGUUUGAUGAGGCAGACAUGCAGAAGACAUGUAUUGCGUUCGAUCUAAUGACUGUGAAUCUUGCGGAUCUACCUGUGCUUCCAAAGUUUCUUCCUUACCUCAAAGUGUUAUUUAAAAAAGAAAUGGUAGCUGAUGAUGAAUCUGAGGAGGUCGAUGACUCUUUUGCGUAUGCAGGAACUUUGUAGGAUAUUUAAAGGACUGAUUAUUAAUGUUAUUUGGCUUGAGCAAAAUACUGCAAUAAGGUCCUUCAGUUUUGAAAAUUAUAAUUGUGCCUCA